GACGGAGACCGGUCCUCUGGAGACACGAGACAAGUUUGACACUUGCUUUUUAUUGGGCUCAAACAAAUACCGAGCGCGCAGAGACACCGGAGGACGGAGAACGUGUGGAUUAUAUUUCACCGGUCCGCAAAUGAGCAGCAGCAGAUCAACUUGAUGAGGUCCACUCAUCUGACAGAGGAGGAGUGACUACUUCGUCCUCCUCUCGUUGCACUCGGAGCCCGCCUCCUUCUGUCACCAUUUCCUCUCUGAAUUGGUUCCCCAAAGCGCUUCAAAACUGUUUCUCCAACGCUUUUUCCAGAAACUUUUUCUGUUUUGUAAAGCAGAAGCAGCCCAGCCCUCCCAGUCUGAGGUGAUGGGAAGCGUGCGAGCCAGCCGCUACAGCACUGUGUCAUCAGAGGAGGAAGGCAUGAAGCUUGCCACCAUGGCAGUGGCCAACGGCUACAGCAGCGGCAAGAGCAAGGUGCACACCAAGCACCACCCGCAGAGCAGGUUCGUCAAGAAAGACGGCCACUGCAACGUGCAGUUCGUCAACGUGAGCGAGAAAGGUCAGCGCUACCUGGCCGACAUAUUCACCACGUGCGUGGACAUUCGCUGGAGGUGGAUGUUCAUCAUUUUCUGCCUGGCCUUCCUCCUUUCGUGGCUGUUCUUCGGCUGCGUCUUCUGGCUGGUGGCCAUCUUGCACGGCGACCUGGAAAGCGAGGGCCAGAAGUGCAUCUCCAACGUGAGCAGCUUCACCGCCGCCUUCCUGUUUUCCAUCGAGACCCAAACGACCAUCGGUUACGGCUACAGAUACGUCACAGACGAGUGCCCCGUCGCAGUCUUCAUGGUGGUUUUCCAAAGCAUCGUGGGCUGCAUCAUUGACGCCUUCAUCAUCGGUGCGGUCAUGGCAAAAAUGGCGAAGCCCAAGAAGAGGAACGAAACUCUGGUCUUCAGCCACAACGCCACGGUGGCCAUGAGGGACAACAAGCUCUGCCUGAUGUGGCGUGUGGGCAAUCUGAGGAAGAGCCACCUGGUCGAGGCGCACGUACGAGCACAGCUUCUGAAAUCCCGCACGACAGCAGAGGGGGAGUACAUCCCCCUGGACCAGAUGGACAUCGAUGUGGGCUUUGACAGCGGCGUCGACCGCAUCUUCCUGGUCUCCCCAAUCACUAUUGUGCACGAGAUAAACGAGGACAGCCCCUUUUACAACAUGAGUAAACAGGACCUGGAGAACUCCGAGUUUGAAAUCGUGGUGAUCCUGGAGGGCAUGGUGGAGGCCACAGCCAUGACCACACAGUGCCGCAGCUCCUACGUCGCCAGCGAGAUCCUCUGGGGACACCGAUUCGACGCUGUGCUCUUUGAAGAGAAGAACUACUACAGCGUGGACUAUUCCCGAUUCCAUAAGACAUACGAGGUGCCGAGCACUCCUUUGUGCAGCGCCAGAGACCUGGCAGAGAAAAAAUACAUUCUCUCCAACUCCAACUCGUUCUGCUACGAAAACGAGUUGGCCCUGGAGAACAAAGAGGACACGGACGAGGGCAACGGGGGCAGCGUUGGGCCCGACGGCACUCAGACAGACAACAUCUCAGAGACGGAACACAGCCAGGCCACGGUGCCGCUAGAGCCCCGGACUCAGAGACGAGAGUCCGAAAUAUGACUGUGCACACAUCAAACCUCACGAGAUAUUUUGCUUUUAGAAUCACGUGCGCCCUAAAAGGCAGCACAAGCUGAGCCCGGUCUUGGGCGGAGGACAAGCUGAACGGUACUGCUGUGGAAGAGCAGCAAGGUUUAAAACUCUGUAUGUGAGGUUGAGCUUUGACUACACACACAGUAUGACAAAACGCAGCACUAGGAACCAGUUCCCAUCAAUAAGCACUCACCGAUUAGGGAGCUACGACGACAGUGGACGGUUUGUUGAGAUGACUUGAAAUAUUGCAGGCAUGUCACGGUUUCUCGCUUCAGCAUGUGCAAGACGCUUCCAGAAAAGCAGACGUUAAUGUUCUAAAAGGUAUGUUCAAGUGCUGCUAGAACAUUUGGUGAUAAAGUCCUCAAAGAUGCUUUCAUUGUGACACUUGACUGAAACAGAAGGUACAAGAGUAUUUGUUCAUGAGCUGGUCUCAUCGUAGACACAAUAGUCUGAAUCAACUGAACCGUGUGGGGAAGACCGGCCUUUAGGAAUUCCCUCUGACUUGAACACUGAAUUUCUGAUCUUCUGCUUCAUGCUUUUGGUGUAAAGAUUUGAAAUUAUGGCUGAAAUGUAAGAUGUCAUGACACGUCAAGACAAAAGAACUAAGGAAAUGAGAAUCUGAAUGUUCUUAAAAGUGCUGCUAUAAGUGUUGCUUCUCUUUUUGAUAAAACAAUACCAAAGAGUAUUAUUUUCAUAGACUGUGGCUGAAAACACCAAAUUAGAGUUGGUACACAGACGUAGAACAUUUAGGAGCUUUAACAAGGUUUGUUUUGUAACAGCACAUGUACAGUUUUGGUUUUGUUUCUGACUCGUAUAUUGAGCCACCUCAUCAAGCCUUAAUCUAGAAAGUCAAGUCAUGGCUUUACUGGAGAAUCACAAGUUCUGCUGAAAGGUCAGCAACACUAAUGCAUUAAGGCUGCUUCAAUGUAAACUACUAAACACAUUCUUGAAAGCAAACCUGCUUGAAUAGGUUUGACACAUUGUGUCAUGAAAAAAGUGUUUAGCAAAGAAAACGAGUCGUCCUUCCCAGUGUUAUGACUGGAGAUGGAAUCACAUCUCCAAGUAAAACAUUCUCAAAGCCACUUUCCCUUCUUGCUGCAUGCAGACCAUGGAUCAGAGAUCAGCCUGCUUCCUUAUCAACACUACUUGACAGUUUUGUUUUAGUUGAGAAUGUCAAGAAGAGAAGAAGCGUAGUUCAAAGCCAGACGUACUGUAACCGACAUAUGAAGACACAUUUAUUUCCCAGUGACAGAGGCCGCUCGGCUCCAGAGACCCUACGUGUAAAUAUCCCCCAUUUUCUAUCAGUCUUCCAAAUGUACUGCAAACCAUGGAAUGUACAGAUUUUUGUAUUAAUUAUUACUGUACAAUAUAUUGUAUUGUUCUUUUUCAAUAAAAUGUCAGUGGACAAUUCGAA